AUGUUGCUAUUGGGUCAAGUUUAUGGCAGUAGUGGUGGUUGGUUCCAAGAAGAGAAGCGGUCGUUGCUGGAUUUCAAGGCUGCUUAUUCUAAUGACUCUUUGUUACCUUCGUGGGUGGAUGACCCAAAGAGCAAUUGCUGCAAUUGGGACCGUGUCACGUGCGAUUCCUUUUCCGGCCAUGUCAUCACUCUCUCUCUUCAGGGUUUGUAUAGAGGAAUGAGUGACACGGGACUUGACUGUUUAGACCACCCAUCCUUAAAUUGGUCCUUGUUCUUAUCCUUCACAGAGUUGAGAAGCCUUAUUUUGUCCAAUAAUUGUUUUGGUGACUUUAUUCCCAAGGGAGAUCAUAGAAGCAAGUUAUCGUGGAAGAAUUUGAAGACAUUAGACCUGAGUCAGAAUUCCUUCAACGAGAGCAUAAUGGAACUCAUUAGUGCUCUCUCAUCCCUCACGAAUUUAGUUCUUGCUGACAAUGAGAUAGGUGGACCCUUUCCAAUUAAAGAAUUAUCACUUCUACGAAACUUGGAGCAGUUGGAUUUGAGUCAAAAUUCUCUUUAUAGCCGCUUUACAACUCAAGAUUAUAGACGCAAGUUAUCGUGGAAGAAUUUCAAGACAUUAGACCUGAGUGAAAAUUUCUUCAACGAGAGCAUAAUGGAACUCAUUAGUGCUCUCCCAUCCCUCAAGAAUUUAGUUCUUGCUAAUAAUGAGAUAGGUGGACCCUUUCCAAUUAUAGAAUUAUCACUUUUACGAAACUUGGAGCUGUUGGAUUUGAGUCACAAUCAUCUUUGCAACCGCUUUACAACUCAAGAUUAUAGAAGCAGGAUAACAUGGAAGAAUUUGAAGACAUUAGACCUGAGUUACAAUUCCUUCAACGAGAGCAUAAUGGAACUCAUUAGUGCUCUCCCAUCUCUCAAGAAUCUAGUUCUUGCAUAUAACGAGAUAGGUGGACCCUUUCUAACCAAAGGUAUGAAUGAAGAUAAUAGUAGCAAGUCAGCAUUGGAGACAUUAGAUCUCAGCUUCAAUUCUGUCGGCGGCAGCAUAACGGAACUCUUGAGUACUUUCCCAUCACUCAAGAAUUUAAUUCUUGCUGACAAUGAUAUGGGUGGAUCCUUCCAUAUGAAAGUUUUGGCUAAUCAAAGUAAGUUGGAAGUCCUUGACCUAAGGGAUUCAUCCAUCAAUGCAUCUUUCCCAAAUGAAGGUUUAUGUAAAAUGAAGCAACUUCAAGAGUUAUAUAUGUUACGUAAUAAUUUCAUAGGAACUUUGGAUGCAUGCCUUGGCAAUUUGACAUCACUUCGGACUCUUGAUCUCUCAGAAAAUUCCUUAACUGGAAGCAUUCCAGAACCUUUGAUUGUUCGCCUUACAUCUCUGGAGUAUCUUUCCCUUUCUUCCAAUGAAUUUGAGGGCUUAUUCUCAUUAAACUUGUUUGGUAACCAUUCAAAGCUUAAGGUAUUAGAACUUGACAAUAUGAAUUCUAAAACAUUUCAAGUGGAAACUGAAAGUCCCCCUUGGAUAGCACCAUUUCAGUUGGAGCGCCUAGGAUUUUCCCAUUGUCGAGUAAACUUUCCUUCAAAAAUAAUCCCUACUUUCCUUUCAUAUCAAAAUGGAUUGAGAUAUAUUGAUCUAUCAGGUAACAACCUGGUUGGUAUGUUUCCCAGCUGGUUUCUUGUGAACAACACAAAACUAGAAGAAGUGCAUUUAAAUAAUAACUCUUUCACUGGACCUUUCAAACUACCCUUUGAUCUAAAUCAUCACAUGGAUCAAUUAUACCAUUUGGACUUAUCAAACAACCAAAUCCAAGGCGAGCUCCCCCACAACAUAGGAUUCUUCCUCCUAUAUUUAGAUUAUUUUGAUGUGCCAAGUAAUAUGUUUGAUGGUCAUAUUCCUGCUUCAAUUGGAGAGAUGUCAAGCUUGAAAGAAUUGUAUCUGGGGCACAAUAAUUUUUCUGGCAAAGUACCUAAGGACAUUGUUAACGGAUGCAUCUAUUUAAGUCUUUUGAUGAUGGAUAGUAACCAGCUCAAUGGAACACUUCCAACUGGGAUUGGAAAACUUGAUCUUAUCACCUUAACUGCAUCAAGGAAUAACUUUGAAGGUGCAAUAACAGAAGAAUUGUGCAAGCUUGGGUUUCGUAUUUUAGACCUCUCUCACAAUAAAUUCUCUGGUGCCCUGCCAUCAUGCUUCUCUAUGCCAUCAAAUUACCUUUUCUUGCAGGGAAAUAAUCUUACUGGCACAAUAACUAACGAAUUCAUAAGCAGCUCCAAAAUGUUGGCCAUUGAUUUGAGUGACAACAAAUUUACAGGAACUAUUCCAGAGAACAUAUAUGGGCUUGAGCAUUUGAGAUUUCUUUUAUUGGGAGGUAAUCAGCUGCAAGGCCAACUUUCCACUCAAAUAUGUUGCUUACAAAAAAUCCAUAUCUUAGAUCUUUCACGGAAUAAAUUUACUGGCUCUAUACCUUCUUGCUUCAAUAAUUUGUCAUUUGCGGAUAUGGAUUUAGAAAAACCAAUUGAUCCAAACCGUGGAUUUUCGCGCACUAGAGAAACUCCUGGAGAGGAUAGGUUUAAGUAUAGCUAUGAAGAAGUGCAAUUUGUAACAAAAGGUUUAUCCCUUUCUUAUAAAGGUGACAUACUUCAAAAGAUGUCCGGAUUAGAUUUGUCAUGUAAUCAAUUGACAAGAGAAAUUCCACACCAAAUAGGAGAUAUACAUGCCCUUCAUGCACUUAACUUAUCUCACAACCAUCUCAGUGGACCAAUUCCAGAGAGCUUCAAGAAGCUAGAAAGCAUAGAGAGCUUAGAUCUUUCAAGUAACAAGUUGAGUGGCCAAAUCCCUCUUUCUUUACAGGACUUGCAUUCUUUAUCUGUCUUCAAUGUGUCCUACAACAAUUUGUCAGGUAGAGCACCUGAUAAGGGACAGUUUGGUACCUUUGAUGAGAGCAGCUACAAAGGAAAUCCAUAUCUUUCUUAUAAUAACAGUAACAGAGGCAUUGCAUUACUGCCACCACCUCCAACUCCAUUGAAUGACGGAGACAAAAAUGAGUCUGCAAUUGAUUUCACUUCCUUCUAUUGGAGUUUUGGUGGAUCCUAUGUCAUGGUGCUUGUAGCAUUGGUGACAAUCCUUUGGAUCAAUCCUCAUUGGCGGAGAGCAUGGUUUUAUUUUGUGGAAGGGUGUCUUCUUAAAUGCUUUGGUCAAUUUCUUGAUGAUGCUUUCUAUUAG